AGGAUAUCAGGAUAUUUCCCUUAAAAUGUCUUAGUUCCUGUUCAGUUAGCAAAGUUUCCAGUCAGACUUCCCACAUAGGAACAACCAGCCACAGGGAUGAAUGACUCCAGGGAAUCUGCAGAAUUACUCCAUACAAAACCAAGGGACCAAGUCACCCUUCACCAUAGAUAAGAGCCAUGCUCCUAUAUCUCCUAUUAUUACUGGCAACGGUUAACGAAGCAUCCUCCAACUACCGCCCCCUAGAGGACUCGCCUUGUGUAACGAAAGAGAUGGUGGCAUCCUGUCAGAAUCGAUCCUUGCAACAGAUUCCUGUAGCCCUUCACCCAGCCAUCAAAGCACUCAACCUAUCUAAUAACAGCUUACGGAACAUCACCAAGGAACCACUGUCUUACUACUCCUUCACAGAGAUCCUUGAUCUUAGCAACAACAAAAUAAGCUUUAUCCAGCCAGAUACCUUCAAGGAUAUGGUCAAUUUGAAAGAAAUAAAUCUGUCCAACAACUAUUUAGAUAGAUUUUCAAAUUAUGGGUUGCCAGGCAUCGGACUCUUACCCAAUGUACAAAAGUUGGACCUGUCAAGAAACAGCUUGUACACCGAUAUGACUGGAUUCUUUCUGGAGAAUGCUCCCCACCUACGUUACCUUUCGUUGUCAGAAAACAGCAUUACUAUGAUUUCAUCAGAAACAUUUUCGGGCACCCCGUUUUUAGAAGAGGUGGAUCUUCGUAAUAACAUUAUCAUGGACAUCGAGGAAGGCUCGUUCGAGCACCUUACUCAUCUCACCAAAAUUGACCUUGUAAUGAAUUCCAUCACCUGCAUUUCCCAAUUUAAUCUCCGACAACUCCGCAGCCUCAAUCUCAGUAAAAAUAGCAUACAAACAUUUUACACAUCGGAGUCCGAAGAGGAAUACAGUCUAGCAUACGUUGACCUAAGCGACAACAAGCUUGGGAAUUUUCCUGUAUUUCCGAACAACAACAGUAUCAUCUCCUUAAACUUAUCUAUGAAUCUCAUAAGUUUUGGAGGAAACAAUUCUUAUGAAGAACUUGAUUGGAUGGAAGAAGAAGGCUUAAGAAAUGGGAGCAUGGUCAGUUUACUGAAACUCACCCAUCUAGACCUAAGUUACAAUAAUAUAAAAUCCAUACCUGAGGAUUUCUUUGCUACGAUGCCAAUGCUCCAAUUCUUGAACCUCAGCAGGAAUUGCUUUGAAUUUAUUUCCUUUGUGGGCUCUACUAAACUAAACUCCCUGGAAUACCUUGAUUUAAGUAGUAACUCUUUACAGAAUAUAUCGCUGGCUUCAGACUCCUUGCGUUCUUUGAGAGUACUUGAUCUACAAAAUAACCAACUGCACAUGAUCGAAUCUAGAGUUUUUCAAGUUCUUCCCCGCAUUGCCGCCAUUAACCUUCAAAGCAAUAGUGUUGGUUUGUGUGGUCUGGACCUCAGCAAGGUGAGUCAAGAGCCAGAGAGAGAUGGAUGUGUAUCUUUUUCCAACAUUCCAACUUUACAACUUUUAAACCUCAGAGAGAAUAUGUUGGAAGCUAUACCACAGUAUGCAUUUUAUGGCACUCCACUGACUUUUCUCGAUCUCUCCUUGAACCUUGGUCUUACAAUAAGACCAAAUGCCUUGAAGGGAUUGGAAAGUUCUCUAGAAGUUCUACAUAUCGAAGAUAGUUCUCUCCUUCAGUUGAAUGUUGACCUGCCUCUACUAGUCCAACUUAGAUAUUUAAAUCUAUCUGGAAAUCAACUGACGUGGCUGCCCACAUGGAACAGAAAUUGUCACCUGGAGACACUUGACUUAAGCAACAAUAGCUUCAGCAAUCUGAAAGACAGCAAUAUCCCUGCCUUAGAAAACACUUUAAAAACGUUGUCUUUACGCGGAAACCCGCUUGGCUGUUGUGCAAACUCUUGGGUCAUCCACAUGGUCAGAAGAAACACAGUAACCAUCACUGGUCUGGAGGACACAACAUGUCAAAACUCUAAUGGUCAAAAGGAGGAGAUACUUUUAGGUCAAAACAGUCCGGACAAUUGUGAAAAGGAGGAUUUGAAAAACACGAACACUGUCAUUAUUUUAACGGUAGUCUUUGUGUUUUUGGUGACAGCGGUUGGUGUUGGGUCUUUGGUUUGUUACUGCAAACACAAACUUAACCAACAAUUUAAGGCUUAAUAUGAAGGAUUUCUGUUAGCAUGGUGGACGAUGAGGUUCUUAGGCGAGAAGUGUAGCCAGCAAAUUGGCAGCCAAUUGUGCACCCACUUAAAUCAUUUUAAUACAAAUGGUUUGUGUUUUAUAUUCCCUCCUAAACACUGACAGUCAUGAUAUUCUGAGGAACACUAUGUCGCCAUUGUUGGUGAUUGCUUUCUUGCGCAGUAAUGGAAUAUUUAGCAAUGCUGGGGGAAACAAGUAAUCUCCUGAGACGAACAGUACUUUCUAUUGGACUUCCUGUGGCAGGUCACAAUAUAAAGGAAAAUGUUUGCUACAAUACAGGUUUCUGCUAUGUUUUGCAUAAUUGUGGAAAAUCUUAAGUUAUGUACUUUUGCAAAUGUUCAAAGCAAUUAACAUCAAAUUUGGGGGUAAACGUGCUCCAUCUAGAUUCAUGAGCACUGCAUACGCCUCAAAGAGAAUACUAAUAAAGUUUUUCAAUAUGGUCUGAAGACCAUAUGGAGCAUUAAACAGCUUUGAUGUAAAAUCACGUAUGUUCAAAUUUAAUUUUGGAUCAUUUACAUUUCUGUAUGAUUCCUUAAACACACAACGCACUUUUAAGGAAAGUUGAUUAUAUGAAGUCAUACGCGGAGCUAGAUAACCCUUACCUCUCUGCUUAUACAUUCCACUGCAGGAAAAUUUAAAGUGCAUAGGGGGUAAUUCUGAGUUGAUCGCAGCAGGACCUUUGUUAGCAGUUGGGCAAAACCAUGUGCACUGCAGGGGAGACAGAUAUAACAUGUGCAGAGAGAGUUAGAUUUGUGUGGGUAUUUUUGUUUCUGUGCAGGGUAAACACUGGCUGCUUUAUUUUUACACUGCAAAUUAGAUUGCAGAUUGAACACACCCCACCCAAAUCUAACUCUCUCUGCACAUGUUAUAUCUGCCUCCCCUGCAGUACACAUGGGUGGUCAUUCCGAGUUGUUCGCUCGGUAAUUUUUUUCGCAUCGCAGCGAUUUUCCGCUUAGUGCGCAUGCGCAAUGUCCGCAGUGCGACUGCACCAAGUAAAUUUGCUAUGCAGUUAGGUAUUUUACUCACGGUUUUUUCUUCGUUCUGGUGAUCGUAAUGUGAUUGACAGGAAGUGGGUGUUUCUGGGCGGAAACUGGCCGUUUUAUGGGCGUGUGGGAAAAAACGCUACAGUUUCUGGGAAAAACGCGGGAGUGGCUGGAGAAACGGAGGAGUGUCUGGGCGAGCGCUGGGUGUGUUUGUGACGUCAAACCAGGAACGACAAGCACUGAACUGAUCGCAGAUGCCGAGUAAGUUUGGAGCUACUCAGAAACUGCACAGAGAUGUCUUUUCGCAAUAUUGCGAAUCUUUCGUUCGCAAUUUUAAGAAGCUAAGAUUCACUCCCAGUAGGCGGCAGCUUAGCGUGUGUAAAGCUGCUAAAAGCAGCUUGCGAGCGAACAACUCGGAAUGAGGGCCAUGGUUUUGCCCAACUGCUAACAAAGUUCCUGCUGCGGACAACUCGGAAUUACCCCCAUAGAUAACUUUAAAAAGCCUUGGAGAGAUAUAAAGAGGAAAAGUUGCGGCAAUUAAACAAUCAGCUGAUGUCAUUUGUUUAGCACAGUUACUUUAUCUCGCUCCAAGGCUUGAUAUAACCCACCCCCCUGUAAUAUUCUGUUUAAUUUAAUGUCUGUUGGGUACAUUUGGACAAAUUGAUGGAUUUGGAUAAAGCAGUGGUUCUCAACUCCAGUUCUCAAGUAACCACAACAGGUCAUGUUUUCGUAUUUCUUUAAUCAUGGACAAGUGAGUUAAUCUAUUUUGCUGGGUCUGCAAUUAUCACACCUGUUUCAACAGACAGAAAUCCUGAAAACAUGACCUGUUGUGGGUACUUGAGGACUGGACUUGAAAACCACUAUGAUAAAGUAACAGUGGUAUUGUUUUAAAGCAGCUCUUCUCAAAGUCAGUCCUCUGGGACCUCCAGCACAACCUGUUUUCCAGAUCUCCUAGCCUAGUCAUUACUGGUACACAUUUUAACAUAUCCGCAGGUAUGUCAUUUGUUUCAAUUGUGAUACCUAGGAGAUCUGGAAAACAUGCACCAUUAGGGGUCUCAGAGACUGAGUUUAGGAAACACUCCUAUAAAGAAUAUGCAGUGCAAUUAGUAUUUCAGAAUCCUCCUUCUAGGGAAAAAAAAAAACAUUUAUUCACUUGAAAAUCAGUUUUGUAUAUUCAGCCUUUUGCAGAAAAAUGAAGGGACCUAAAAUUACAUGUGAAAUAUUGUUUCAGAAGAAGUCAAUGUAAAAAUAUUUAUUGUAUCAAUGCAAUAAAAUCAGUAUUAUUUUA